CUGACUCGACAGAUGAACUGGAGAGAGAAAGCACAAAACUUAACGACUCUCUCUUCCGCAGUUUCUUCCUUCCCUCCCUCUUGUCAAGAUCCCAGGCACUUCCAUAAGCAGGGAUCCAACAAUCGUACAUAAGGAAUAGUCGUAAUAGUUUGAGACGCUCAGUGAAACACAGGACGAGGAAUGGCAGCACCGGUGGACCUGGAGGAGCAGAAGAAGGCAAUCCUGCCUUUCAUGCAGAGAGCGCAGGAGAUUCAGGCAGCCGACCCCAAAGUUGCCUACUACUGCCGGCUGUAUGCGGUGGAGCAGGCCAUGAAGCUGACCCACCGCGCCAAGGAGGUCAACUCGCUGCUGGUGGCCACACUCAACCAGCUGGAGAAGGACAAGGCCAAGCUUGAGCUGGACCCCGCCGCCGACCGCAUCCACUGCUUGGGCUUCGCGCUGCGCAUCUUCGACAACGCCGACCGCGUGGACCGGGCGGGCAAGGCCACGGAGCGCACCAGCAAGGCCUUCUACGCAGCCAGCGUGUUCAUAGAGAUCCUGAACCAGUUCGAGGGCGAGGGCGGCGUGGACUCGGAGCUGUUUGAGAAGCAGCGCUACUGCGCCUGGCGCGCCGCUGAGAUCCGCAAGGCGCUGCGGGAGGGCCGCCAGCCCACGCCGCCGCCCGCCGGGACGCCGGCGCCUGGGGCCGAGACAGGACCGAGUGCUAGUGGCGGCAGUGUUGGUGGCAGCGGUGGCGGUGGCGGGCUGGACGACCUGCCGCCCGCCUCCGGCUCCAGCGACUGGGCGUACAAGAGCGCUGCGCCCGCCGCACCGCCUCCACCGCCCCCCGGGCCCGCCUCUGCGCCCGACAGCUUCAUGCACAUGCCACCGCCGCUACCGCCAUCGGCUGCCGACUUCAGCUUCGCGCCGCUGCCGCUCACGCCGCCCGCCGCCUCCUCCGCCUCGUCCUCCUACUCCUCCGGCUCCGCCCCGCCCUCGGCGCCGCUCUUCGGCUCGCCACCAGGCAGUGGCGGCGGCGCUGCAGCCGGCGGGGGUGGUGGCAGCGGCAAUGCUCGCUUCUGGCCUGGGGCGCGGGUGCUGGUGCGGGCGGAUGAGAGCGAGGGGCUGACGGCGCUGUCACUGAGUGACCAUUCCAGUGGGGAGCACGAGGCGCAGCAGGGCACCGUGGGCCAGGUCCUGACGCGGCCGGACGGCGGCAUCAGCUACAAGGUGGCGCUGCGCGACCGGCUGGUGGAGCUGCGCGAGCAGGAGGCGGUGCCGGCGCUGGCCGAGGGGCAGCCGGUGGCGCUGUACCGCGGCGCCAGGCCGGGCGGCCCGCUGGGGCCCGCCACGCCCGCCAGCGUGGUGCUCAUCAACGACGCCUCCUGGCCGCCCACCUACCUGGUCAAGACGCAGGACGGCGACGAGUUGGCGGCGUCUGCCAGCCAACUGGGCCCGCCGCUGACCGCUGCCGCCACCGCCUCUGCACCCACCUCGGGCGGGCCCGCCUCCAUAUCCGCCGCCCCACCGCCGCCACCCCCGGCAGACCUGCUGGGAGGGCACUACGGCGGCGCUAGCACCAGCUCCAGCCGCAGCGUGGCGACUCCGCCGCCGCCGCCUCCGGGGCCAGCCGCUUCGUCCUCGGCCUACCCAUCCAUGUCCGGCCCUGGAUCCUACGGCGCGCCGCCGGGGCCCUCAGCGCCACCGCCGCCGGCGCCACCGGCAUACGGCUACGGCGCGCCGCCCUCUGCGCCCGCCGCGCCCGCGUGGCCAGGUGCACAGCACUCAGCACCGCCCGCGCCGCCAGCGCCUGCGCCAGCGCCCGCUCCCGCCGCGUCUUACAGCCUGCCGCCCGGCUACAAGCCGCCGCUCACGGUGAUUACGGAGGCUCAGAAGGCCGCCAAGUAUGCAGUGUCGGCGCUGUCAUUCGAGGACGUGCACACCGCCGUGCGUUACCUGAACGACGCGCUGCGGCUGCUCACCACGCAGCAACAGCAGCAGCCGCACGCGCCCGGGCGGCGGUGAUGACGGCGAGGAGCGGGAGAUUGCAUGGGAGGGCAUGGCUGUGCUGUUGGUUAUUGGGUUUCGGAGGCGCGCUGUGGCAUUGAGUUCCGGAGGUGGCCGACAGUGGUACGCAGCGCGCAAGUGAGGCCAGUGCGGGUUCCCCCUUGGCGCCAGGACUGGGCUCAAAAGACGUCGCAUGCGGUUGCGCAUGCAAACGUCUGGCAUACACUGUUGUAAGGGGGGUUUCACAUGUGACAACCCGGUUUCGGUGAAUCCACCUGGCUUCGGCGAAGCCAGGGGCGAAUCCGAUUCACAUGCGGCUGCCUCGAAUCCACCUUGGGUGGGCGCCAAUCCAGCUCUGGAAGGGCCGAAUUAUGUCUCCGCAUACAAUCCCAGCGCUCCCAUACUCUUAUUUUACACGCAUAGUGAGUUCCCGAUGCGUGACUGGCCCGCAACCGCGACAUGCCGAGUCCACCUCGCUCCAUACACCGCCCCCGAACAUUCUGUAUGGCACAUAAAGUGCUUUGAAGCGUUUUUGUUGCAUAGUUGGUGCGACCACGGUGUAAUCCUCGUGCAGGAGCUAGGAAAGCCCAACAUGUCGAAACAUGCGAGGCGUGCGCGCUCAUGGAGGAUGUUCUAGCCCCGCUCCCACCUACAAUAUAAUAUUAUGAAGAUCAUAACCAUUUUGAUGGAGGCUGUCGCAACUAUAAGCGCACUCUGCUCCACGGCACACAGCAAUGCUCGUCGCCGCGAGGGUUUCGGCGUCCAAGUGGUUGAUAUCACAUGAUUGGGGUAAGAAAAUAGUAUAGAAAA